CCACCGAUCCGUCUGCUUGCCUUCACGCGUAGAACUGCAGAGACGCCAUCUUGCUUGUUUUGAAGUUAGUUGGCGAAGUAACUUAGCCAGCUAGUUAAUCAAAACGUUUAGCCAGCUAGUUAAUAAAAACGUUUAGCCAGCUAGUUAAUUAAAGCGUUUAUCUAGGAACUUUUAAACUCCUUAACAAACCAGGUUCUCGUGAGGUUCGCUACUCUGUGAGGAGGACUGGUCGAAGCUGAGAUGAACCAAUUUGAACAUUUGAAAGAUGACGACCCAGAGGAUCAGGAUGAGACAGUCUGUAACCAGGAGGAAGACGGCUCCAUCAACAACAACCGACGCAAGACGGUGAGUCCUGCAGUAGGGGAACAUCCUCUCCAGUAUAACUAUACCUUGUGGUAUUCUCGGAGGACUCCGUCCCGGCCCGCCAACACACAGAGUUAUGAACAGAACAUCAGACAGAUCGGCACGGUCGCAUCGGUGGAGCAGUUCUGGAAGUUCUACAGUCACCUGGUGCGACCGGGAGAUCUGACUGGCCACUCUGACUUCCACCUGUUUAAAGAGGGAAUCAAACCCAUGUGGGAGGAUGAAGCUAAUAAGAACGGUGGGAAGUGGAUCAUCAGGCUGCGGAAAGGACUGGCCAGCAGGUUCUGGGAGAACAUUAUUCUGGCCAUGUUGGGAGAACAGUUCAUGGUGGGAGAGGAGAUCUGUGGGGUGGUGGUCUCUAUACGGUUCCAGGAGGACAUCUUGUCUAUAUGGAAUAAGACGGCCAGCGAUCAGGUGACGACAUCUAGAAUCCGAGACACUCUUCGGCGCGUCCUGAACCUCCCUCCCAACACCAUCAUGGAGUACAAGACACACAACGACAGCCUCAAGGAUAAUUCCAGCUUCCGCAACACAAAGAUCACCCUGUGAAGAGAGACGGAGGAGGAAGAGAGGCAAACCACCUGACCGUUUCUCCUGAAGUUAUACUGUUUCCUCAUAAAUUAUAGAAUGUGACAGAGAGUCAUGUUAUCUCCUCUCUCUCGGCAUCUCUUUCUCUCUCUGCAUCUCUCGGCAUCUCUUUCUCUCUCUGCAUCUCUCUUUCUCUCUCGGCAUCUCUCUUUCUCUCUCGGCAUCUCUCUUUCUCUCUCGGCAUCUCUCUUUCUCUCUCGGCAUCUCUCUUUCUCUCUCGGCAUCUCUCUUUCUCUCUCGGCAUCUCUCUUUCUCUCUCGGCAUCUCUCUCUCUGGCUCUUUCUCUCCAGGGUUCACAAGGUGAUUGAGGUGCUUAAAAUACUUGAAUUAGCACUCUGAAAUGGAACACCUUGAAAAUCUGACGUUUUCUCAAGUUGGUACUUGAAAAGUACUUGAAUUAAAAUGAAAGGAGAACAGAAAAUGUUCAAAUAUGUUUAUGAAAAAAGUAUUGGUCUUGCAUUCUACCCAGUUUUAUUUCCUCACGUUCCGUACUCUGGUUGCCAGGCGAGAUCUCUCAUUCCACCCACUCAGCCAGGCAGGUCCAAAACUGACUGAUUAGGUUCUGCCAAACAUCACAUCGAUAGCUAAAAGGCCAGGCAUGUAGAUUUAUCCUGUUGUGGGUAUGGAACAUUUCUGGGAUCUUUUAUUUCAGCUCAUGAAACAUUCACAUGGGUGAUUCGACCCUGAAGAGCGACAUGAAGCGGCAAAGACAACUCUGCAUCCUGCGCCGGCGCCAGUUCUACGUUGUGACUUUCUCUGCAAUGACCUCCAGAGCAUUUUUACCAAUCGCGUCAUUCACCGGGGUCCUGCGACAUUCAAUUUAAUCAAGCGGCAGCCAAGCUCCUGGCGUUCUGUUGGCUGUUCACCCGAGCAGCGACACUAAAGCUGCCAGUCGGAAGCCAGAUGCUUUUUCGUAGAUAUUAAGAUUCCCAAAUGUGCAAUAAAAAUACAAUGGUCAUUAAUACUCAAAUGACAUCAUCAGUACUGACGAUUCAUGUAUAUAAUAAAGCAAUGUAUUGAGUAUAACUUGUAAGGUAGUGUAUAACUUUAGUGAUGAAUAAUAUAGUAAUUUUUUUCCAUUAAGGUUGUGGCGAUAUACUGUCAUCUGGUGGCAACUAGAAACAAUUGCAUAAUCCCAUUUUAUUGGUCACAUACACAUGGUUAAUAUUACAAACUGAUGGUCCUUGAAAAUAAAUAUUAGUGCUUGAAAAAGUACUUAAGUACUUGAA